AUGUCUGAAAGGGGAACCAUUCUCUACCAGGAAGGUAAACCAGCUCAGGCAAGAGUUUGUUUUGAUCACUCCAAACAGCAUCAGAAACUUGCAGUUGACGCUAAUAAGAGUGCUGUGGAGCUCAUCCUGAAGGAAAACGCGAUGCAAAUAAGGGAUGACAAUACGCUAGAUUUACACCGUCUCUAUACUCAUGAGGCAGUGGAGGAGGCGGGAAGAUUCAUUGAUCAUAAGAUCAAAAGUCUCCCCUUCUAUCAAAAAGAUCAAAUGGAGGUCCACAUCAUUACCGGCAGGGGGCUACAUAGUACUACCGGAAACGCCAAAAUAAAACCUGCCGUAAUGAAAAUGCUGAAUGACAAGAACAUAGAGUGA